ACCCCGCUCCCAGCCCCAGGGUGACCAGAAAGGAGCAGGCGGACAGACGGGUCUGAUCCCUCCUGAGUCCUCCAGCCAUGAGGCUCCUCUGGGGGCUGAUCUGGGCGUCCAGCUUCUUUGCCCUGUCUCUGCAGAAGCCCAGGUUGCUCCUGUUCUCUCCUUCUGUGGUUCACCUGGGGGUCCCCCUGUCGGUGGGGGUGCAGCUCCAGGAUGCUCCUCCGGGACAGGUGGUGACAGGAUCGGUGUUCCUGAGAAACCCAUCCGGUACUCGUGACCGUUGCUCCCCAAAAGUGGAGUUCAGCCUCAGCUCAGAAAGAGACUUUGUACUCCUCAGCCUCCAGAUCUCCGUGGCAGGCGCCAAGGAAUGUGGGCUCCAUCUUCUCCGCAGAGCCCCCGACGUGCAACUGGUGGCCCAGUCAUCAUGGCUCAAGGACUAUCUGUCCAAAAAGACCAACAUUCAGGGAGUCAACCUGUUCUUCUCCUCUCGCCGGGGGCACAUCUUUCUGCAGACUGACCAGCCCGUUUAUAACCCGGGCCAGCGGGUUCGGUACCGGGUCUUUGCUCUGGAUCAGAAGAUGCGCCCGACGGAAGAAACCCUCACGGUCAUGGUGGAGAACUCUCAUGGCCUCCUCGUGCGGAAGAAGGAGGUGUAUGUCCCCUCGUCCAUCUUCCAGGAUGACUUAGUGAUCCCAGACAUUGCCGAGCCGGGAACUUGGAAGAUCUCAGCCCGAUUCUCAGAUGGCCUGGAUUCCAACAGCAGCACCCAGUUCGAGGUGAAGAAAUAUGUCCUUCCCAACUUUGAGGUGACGAUCACUCCCGAACAGCCCUACAUCCUGACAGCGCCUGGCUUUCUUAAUGAAAUCCAAAUGGUCAUCCAGGCCAGGUACGUCUACGGGAAGCCAGUGCAGGGGGUGGCAUAUGUACGCUUUGGGCUCCUGGAUGAGGAUGAUAAAAAGAUUUUCCUUCGGGGGCUGGAGAAUCAGACCAAGCUGGUAGAGGGCCAGUGUCACAUUUCCCUCCCAGAGGCCAACGUGCAGAGUGUGCUGCAAAAGCUUAAUAUUACAAUUAAUGACCUCCCAGGGAAGCGCCUCUAUGUUGUGGCAGCCGUCAUUGAGUCUCCAGGCGGGGAGAUGGAGGAGGCAGAGCUCACAUCCUGGCGUUUCGUGUCAUCUCCCUUCUCCUUGGAUCUAAGCAAAACCAAGCGACACCUCAUACCUGGGGCCCCCUUUCUGCUGCAGGCCCUGGUCCGCGAUGUGUCAGGCUCCCCAGCCGCUGGCAUUCCCGUCAAGGUUUCUGCCAAGUUGUUUUCUGGAUCUGCUCCUAAAGACCAGGAUGUUCAACAGAACACAGACGAGAGGGGCCACGUCACUGUUCCCAUUGGCAUCCCCAAGACCAUCUCGGAAAUGCAGCUCUCGGUGUCUGCAGGCUCCCCCCAUCCCGCCACAGGCACGAUCAUCGUGAGAGCCCCCCCGCCAAGAAGCCCCGGCUUUCUGUCCAUUGAGCAGCUGGACACUCGACCCCCUAAAGUCGGGGACACACUUAACCUAAACCUGCGAGCCGUGGGCCUCGUCGGGAGCUUCUCUCACUUCUACUACAUGAUCCUCUCCCGGGGCCAGAUCGUGUCUGUGCAUCGAGAGCUCAGGAGGGACCUGACCUCUGUCUCUGUGUUUGUGGACCAUCACCUGGCACCCUCGUUCCACUUCGUGGCCUUCUACUACCAAGGGGACCUCCCGGUGGCCAACUCCCUGCGAGUGGACGUCCAGGCUGGGGCCUGCGAGGGCAAGCUGGAGCUGAACGUGGACGGUGGCAAGGCGUACCAUCCUGGCGAGACUCUAAAGAUCCGCCUGCAAACUGAUUCUCCAGCCCUGGUGGCACUGGGAGCUGUGGACACGGCUCUGUAUGCCGUGGGCAGCAAGUCCCACAAGCCCCUCAACAUGGCCAAGGUCUUUGAAGCUAUAAAUCACUAUGACCUUGGCUGUGGUCCUGGAGGUGGGGACAGUGCCACUCAGGUGUUUGAGGCAGCCGGUCUGGCCUUUUCUGAUGGAGACCAGUUGACCCCAACCAGAAAGAGUCUGGGCUGUCCCAAGAAGACAAAGACCCGGAGAAAGAGAAACGUGAACUUCCAAAUGGCGAUUAAUGAGAUUCUGGGCCGGUACUCUUCCCCCUUGGCCAAGCGCUGCUGCCAGGAUGGGCUGACCCAGCUGCCCAUGGUGCGCACCUGUGCCGAGCGGGUGGCCCGUGUGAAAAACCCGGCCUGCCAGGAGCCCUUCCUGUCCUGCUGCCAGUUUGCUGAAGGCCUGCGCAAGAAGACACGCAGGGGCCAGGGGGGCUUUGCCCGAGCCAUGGAGCUCCUGCAGGAGGAGGAACUGAUCGAGGAGGAUGACAUCCCCGUGCGCAGCUUCUUCCCCGAGAACUGGCUGUGGAGGGUGGAGGAAGUGCCCCAUUCCCUCCAAUUGUCACCGCUGCUCCCGGACUCUCUGACCACGUGGGAGAUCCACGGCGUGAGCCUGUCCAAAAGCACAGGCUUGUGUGUGGCGACCCCGGCUCGGGUCCGAGUGUUCCGCGAAUUCCACCUGCACCUCCGCCUGCCCGUCUCCAUCCGCCGCUUUGAGCAGCUCGAGCUGCGGCCUGUGCUUUACAACUACCUGGAUAAGGAUGUGCCCGUGAGCGUCCACGUGUCCCCAGUGGAGGGGCUGUGCCUGGCUGGGGGCGGAGGGCUCGCCCAGCAGGUGCUGGUGCCUGCAGGCUCUGCCCGGCCCGUUGGCUUCUCUGUGGUGCCCAUAUCAGCCGCUGCUGUGUCCCUGAAGGUGGUGGCUCGAGGAUCCUUUGAUUUCCCUGUCGGGGACGCAGUUUCUAAGAUUCUACAAAUUGCAAAUGAAGGGGCCAUUCACCAGGAGGAGCUUGUCUAUGCACUCAACCCCCAGAACUUCCUAGGCCGGAACUUGGAAAUUCCUGGCAACUCGGAUCCCAAUGUUAUCCCCGACGGAGACUUCAAGAGCUUUGUCCGACUCACAGCCUCAGAUCCACUGGACACUUUGGGCUCUGAGGGGGCCUUGUCACCAGGAGGCCUGGCCUCCCUCCUGAGGCUUCCUCGGGGCUGCGCGGAGCAAACCAUGUUCUACUUGGCUCCAACGCUGGCUGCUUCCCGCUACCUGGACAAGACAGAGCAGUGGAGCACACUGCCCCCUGAGACCAAGGACCACGCCGUGGAUCUGAUCCAGAAAGGCUACACGCGGAUCCAGGAAUUUCGAAAAAAUGAUGGUUCCUAUGGGGCCUGGUUGCAUCGGGAAAGCAGCACCUGGCUCACGGCCUUUGUGCUGAAGGUACUGAGUUUGGCCCAGGAACAGGUGGGCGGCUCACCCGAAAAGUUGCAGGAGACGGCCGCGUGGCUGCUGUUGCAGCAGAAGGAGGACGGGUCAUUCCACGACCCCUGUCCCGUUAUCCACAGGGACAUGCAGGGGGGCUUGGUGGGAAAUGACGAGAAGGUGGCGCUCACAGCCUUCGUGGUCAUCGCCCUUCAUCACGGGCUGGCCGUCUUCCAGAACAGGAAUGCGGAGCAGUUUAAGAGGGUGGAAAACGCCAUCUCGACCGCAAAUGAUUUCUUGGGGGAGAAAGUGUCUUCCGGGCUCCUGGGCUCCCAUGCAGCUGCCAUCUCGGCCUAUGCGCUGUCGCUGACUGGGGCCCCCGAGCAACUGCAGGAUAUUGCCCACAACAACCUCAUGGCCAUGGCCCAGAAGAUUGGUGAUAAUCUGUUCUGGGGCACAGUCCCCAGUUCUCAGAGCAACACCUUGUCACCCACCCCGGUUCCUCAGAGACCAACAGACCCCAUGCCCCAGGCCCCGGCCCUGUGGAUUGAAACCACAGCCUAUGCCCUGCUGCACCUGCUGAUCCGAGAAGGCAAGGCCGAGAUGGCUGACCAGACCGCAUCCUGGCUGACCCGCCAGGGCAGCUACAAAGGGGGAUUCCGCAGCACCCAGGACACAGUGAUCGCCCUGGACGCCCUGUCUGCGUACUGGAUCUUGUCGCACACCACCGAGGAGAAGGAGCUCAACGUGACCCUCAGCUCCAUGUCCCGCAGGGGGUUCAAGUCCCACGUGUUGCGGCUGACCAACCACCAAGUGAAGGGCCUGGAGGAGGAGCUGCAGUUUUCCUUGGGCAGCAAGAUUAAUGUGAAGGUGGGAGGAAACAGCAAAGGAACCUUGAAGAUCCUCCGUGCCUACAAUGUCAUAGACCUGAAGAACACCACCUGCCAGGACCUUCAGAUCGAAGUGACGGUCAAGGGCCACGUAGAGUACACGUUGGAGGCGAACGAGGACUAUGAGGACUAUGAGUACGAGGACCUUCCUGCCCAGGAUGACCCUGGGGCCCACUCCCAGGCCGUGACGCCCCUGCAGCUGUUUGACGGCCGGAGGAACCGCCGCAGGAGGGAGGCACCCAAGGUGGCCGAAGAGCAGGAAUCCAGGGUGCAGUACACCGUGUGCAUCUGGCGGAAUGGCCAGGUGGGGCUGUCGGGCAUGGCCAUCGCGGACAUCACCCUCCUGAGUGGAUUCUACGCCGAGCGGGCUGACCUGGAGAAGCUGACCUCCCUCUCUGACCGGUACGUCAGUCACUUUGAGACCGAGGGGCCCCAUGUCCUGCUGUACUUCGACUCGGUCCCCACCUCCCGGGAGUGUGUGGGCUUUGGAGCCGUGCAGGAGGUGGCCAUCGGGCUGGUGCAGCCGGCCAGCGCCGUCCUGUACGACUACUACAACCCCGAGCACAAAUGUUCUGUGUUUUAUGGGGCGCCAAGUAAGAGCAAAUUCUUGUCCACAUUGUGCUCGGCUGAUGUCUGCCAGUGCGCCGAGGGGAAGUGCCCUAGACAGCGCCGGGCCCUGGAGCGGGGGCUGCAGGACCUGGAUGGUUACAGGAUGAAGUUUGCCUGCUACUCACCCCGCGUGGAUUACGCCUUCCAGGUGAAGGUUCUCCGAGAAGACAGCAGAGCUGCUUUCCGCCUCUUCGAGACGAGCAUCACCCAAGUCCUACAUUUCACUAAGGAUGUCAAGGCCGCUGCCACUCAGGCCCGAAACUUCCUGGUGCGAGCCUCUUGCCGCCUUCACUUAGAACCUGGGAAAGAAUAUCUGAUCAUGGGGCUGGACGGGACCACCCACGACCUCAAGGGAGACCCCCAGUACCUGCUGGACUCGAACUGCUGGAUCGAGGAGAUGCCCUCUGAGCGCCUGUGCCGGAGCACCCGCCAUCGGGAGCCCUGUGCCCAGCUCAGAGACUUCAUCCAGGAGUACAGCACGCAGGGCUGCCAGGUGUAAGGGCUACUCUGCUGCCUCCCCCAGGAAAAGUCGCCCCUGGAUCCUUGCUGGGCCCAGUCCCCUGAACAUAGGGACACAGGAGCAGGGACCCAAUAAAGGCUUUUGGCAACAGA